AUGGCCGAAGAAGAAACUGUCGCGCUCAUCCUUGACAAUGGUUCUGGGAUGUGCAAAGCUGGCUUUGCUGGCGAUGAUGCCCCUCGUGCCGUGUUCCCCUCCAUUGUUGGGCGCCCAAGGCACCAAGGGGUCAUGGUUGGGAUGGGGCAGAAGGACAACUAUGUCGGGGAUGAGGCCCAGAGCAAGAGAGGCAUCCUGACCCUGAAGUACCCUAUUGAACACGGCAUCGUCACCAACUGGGAUGACAUGGAGAAAGUGUGGCACCACACCUUCUACAACGAGCUCCGUGUUGCCCCAGAAGAGCACCCUGUCCUGCUGACAGAAGCGCCCCUGAACCCCAAGGCCAACAGAGAGAAGAUGACCCAGAUCAUGUUUGAGACCUUCAACUGCCCCGCCAUGUAUGUGGCCAUCCAGGCUGUACUGGCUCUGUAUGCCUCUGGACGUACCACUGGCAUCGUGAUGGACUCUGGGGACGGGGUGACCCACGCCGUGCCCAUUUACGAAGGCUACGCGCUGCCUCACGCCAUCCUGCGCUUGGACUUGGCUGGCCGGGACCUGACCGACUACCUCAUGAAGAUCCUGACGGAGCGGGGCUACAGCUUCACCACCACGGCCGAGAGGGAGAUCGUGCGUGACGUCAAGGAGAAGCUGUGCUACGUCGCCCUGGACUUCGAGCAAGAGAUGGCCACGGCCGCUUCCUCUUCCUCCCUGGAGAAGAGCUACGAGCUGCCUGACGGGCAGGUGAUCACUAUUGGCAACGAGAAGCCCUCCUUCCUGGGCAUGGAGACCUGCGGCAUUCACGAGAGCACCUUCAACGCAGUCAUGAAGUGCGACAUUGACAUCCGCAAGGACCUCUACGCCAACACGGUGCUCUCCGGCGGCAGCACCAUGUACGCCGGCAUCGCAGACCGCCUGCAGAAGGAAAUCGCUGCGCUGGCCCCCAGCACCAUGAAGAUCAAGAUCAUCGCCCCGGUGGAGCGCAAAUUCUCCGUCUGGAUCGGUGGCUCCAUCCUGGCUUCCCUCUCUACCUUCCAGCAGGUGUGGAUCAGUAAGCAGGAAUACGACGAGGCCGGGCCAGCCAUAGUUCACAGGAAAUGCUUCUGAAUCCUGUUGCAAAACGUGCUGGGACAGUGUAUUCCUUGCUGGGAGUGCUCCUUCCAAAACUUCCUAAGAUGGCUUUAGACACAUGCAUUAGCUUGUAUAAACCUAAUUCAGUGAUCACCUGUAUAGGGACUUAGUGUGCACUUCUUACUGGUGAUUCAUCAUGAGGGUGAAGUAAAAUGUGAGGCUAUGGAUCUGUCACUAAGAGCACUCCAUACUGUCCUUCUUGGGGCUAGAGAUGAGAUUAGAUGUCUGGCUUUGACUCCAUCUUGCAGCAGAGGGACUAAUUAUUCUAUAACUCCUCUGUGGGGGCUGGCUGGGGAAACGUGAAUUGCCACUGGUCUCGCUUCUGUACCAGUAGGGAUUAAAGGGCCCGUUUGCUCUUUUUUCCCCCACCCAACUGUACCAACCAAUAGUCUGAGUAGCCUCUAGCCCCAUGUCUCCUUGUGCAAGCUGCUGUAACCAUUUGCUGUACUGAUCGUUGGGAAGGCGUAAGUGUGUAUUGGCUUGCAAAGCGGAGAAUUGUAACAUGCAGAGACAGUCCCCUGUGACAAGGGACAU